AUGGAUGUGCAGAAUCAGACCACGGUGACCGAGUUCACCCUGACUGCCUUCCCUGCUCUCCAGAAGCUUCAGAUCUUCCUCUUCGUGGUCCUGUUGUUUACGUACAUGCUCACUCUAACUGGAAAUGGUGUCAUCAUUUCCCUAAUAUGGGCUGAUAGUCGCCUCCAAACCCCAAUGUACUUCUUCCUCAGUAAUUUGUCGUUUUUGGACAUUUUAUUCACUAGCUCAGUCACCCCAAAACUAUUAUCCUUUCUCCUCAAGGACAGGAAGACCAUAUCUCUUGCAGGUUGCAUCAGCCAAACAUACUUCUUCUUCUUCCUGGGCACCGUGGAGUUCAUCCUGCUCGUGGUGAUGUCCUUUGACCGCUAUGUGGCCAUCUGUAACCCCCUGCGCUACACCAUCGUCAUGAACAGCAGGCUGUGUCUCCUGCUGGUUCUGGGCUGCUGGGUGGGGGCCUUCCUGUCGGUGCUCUGCCCGGUCAUUCUGCUGUCCAGGCUGCCCUUCUGCCAUGAGGAGAUUAAUCACUUCUUCUGUGACAUCGCCCCUCUGCUGCAGGUGGCCUGCACAGACACUCAUUUCCUGGAGAUGAUAAGCUUCCUCUUGUCUUCUCUCAUCCUCCUCACCUCGCUGGUGAUCACCACCGUGUCCUACACCUACAUCAUCUCGACCAUCCUGCGCAUCCCCUCGGCCCAAGGGCGUCAGAAAGCCUUUUCCACCUGCGCUUCUCACAUCACUGUCGUUUCUAUUGCCUACGGGAGCAACAUCUUCAUGUAUGUGAGACCCAGCCAGAGUCAUUCCCUGGAAUUUGAUAAAGUGACUGCUGUCCUCACCAUAAUGGGGACCCCUCUCCUGAACCCCUUCAUUUAUAGUCUAAGGAAUGAAAAGGUAAAGGACGUUUUGAGAGAUGCAAUCAACAAAAUUGUGUUCUUAUUGCACAGGAAACCUUGA